UCCUCAAGGGUGUCCAAUAGAGUCUCCAGAGAGACUUGGCAUUGUUUUAAUGACCUUUGCUAGACUUUUCCACCAAUUUACAGGUGUGCCAUCGCAGGUGGACGGCGACAUGGAGGGACAGCAGCUACAGCAGCUUUUGAACCCGCAGAGACUGAAGUCACUUCAAGAAUGGAUGCAGAAAAGCUCAAUCACUUUAACACAGGUCAAUGGGCAGAGGAAGUAUGGUGGUCCUCCUCCUGGCUGGCGAGGUCCUGUUCCCGGGCCGGGCUGUGAGGUUUUCAUCAGUCAGAUCCCGCGCGACGUCUACGAGGACCGCCUGAUCCCUCUUUUCCAGAGCAUUGGCACUAUUUACGAGUUUCGUCUCAUGAUGAACUUCAGCGGGCAGAACCGAGGCUUCGCCUACGCAAAGUACGGCGACCCCCUCACCGCCUCCACCGCCGUCUUGACCCUGCAUCACUACCGUCUGCCGGAGGGGGGCUGCCUGACGGUGCGCAACAGCACAGAGAAGCGGCAGCUGCGUCUGGGGGAUCUUCCGACUAGCAUAAAUCAGGUGGAGUUACUGAGGAUGCUGCGAAUGAUGUCUGAAGGGGUGGAGGAGGUCCUGCUGAAGAUGGCCGGGCCCAAAGGGAGAGAGUUUGUGGCCCUAGUGAACUACUCCUCCCACUACGCCGCAUCCAUGGCCAAGAAAGUGCUUGUGCAAGCUUUUAAGAAGCAGUACGGCAUUUCUAUAACUGUGAAAUGGACGUCCUUCUCCAAGAAAAAUCAUGUAUCUGAGACCGAACAAGAAGACGGCACCUUUACCCCACCUGCUCCGAGCCCCCUCCCCAAACCCUCCAUGACCCCUCCCCUCCUGCACCCUCAGCCCUCCCUCCACGAUAUCCUGGCCCACCCCUCUGUCCAGUCCUUCUUCCGGGCCGGGGGGGGUCCGGCCGGCCUGUCGAGAGAUGAGAUGAAGCCUCAAGGCCCCGUGAACUGCGACGCCGUGACUCUGCUGCAGUGGAUGUGCGAGGUGAACAGACUCGGUGCUCCGAAGUAUGAAGUCCGUUUCCAUCACGCCAGCUCCGACGGCUUCCUCUGCUUCAGCUACGAAGUCCUGAUCCCAUGCUUUCUUAUUCCCCUGUACGGGGUCAUCCAGGUCCUUCCAGGCCCCAGCGCUCAGGCCACGAAGGAGGAGGUUUAUCGGGCCGUCGCCGAGCUGGUGAUCCAAACCAUCUGUAAAGUCUCAAAUCUGCGACCUUUCUAAAAUUUGAGCUGCUAAUGUAAUGUACCGUUAUCAGUUUUACGUUCAGUAUUCCAGUUUGAAGGCAUGUACUGUUCCAGUGUCAGAUGAAUGAGUGGAAAUUAAUGAUUAAACAAGUAUUUAGUUUGUUGAAGAAGGAAAAAAAAAGGCAAUCUGGGCAGUGAAUAGUUUUGAAGUAUUAUGUUAUCGUUGUUAUGUUUUAUUAUAUUUUAACAAUGUAAUAUUAAUCAUUUGUUAUUUUAGUCAGCCUCAUCACAGUUGGAUGAUUGCAUGUUUUCACAACUUCUUAUUUUGAGUGUUUUUCACCAUAUUUGAUUUUUCACGAUUUUUUUCGAUUGUUUGUAGACUUUGCAUGGUGUGCUCUUGUUUCCUUGUUUGAUGGGUUGUACUGACUAUAUAAAUGACUUUUGUACAGUAAAUAAGUUGUUCAAGAAAGAA